UUUUAUUUUUUUCUAAAUUUUUAGAAAAAAUAAAAAUGUUAAAAUGCUUCCGCUAUAGAAGAAAGAUGUCCAACCUUCGAAGUUCAGUAUUACUUAUUGCAUUAUUUGUUAUUACCGUUUUGUUGUAUUUAUUUUAUGUUCGUCCUCUUUCACCUUGGAAAGGUGGCAAUGCAGUAAAAGUAACGAAACGUAGUGAUAUCGCGUACUGCAACAGCCCUGGCUACGUAACUGGUGCCGAAAGUGAAAACAUGGCUGGUUUUACAUUAAAACAACUUCAAGUUGUGAUCAGGCAUGGAGACAGAGGACCAAUUCAUCCAAAAGCAUUACGUCAUACUAGCCCAGUAUAUAUUUCUUGCUCGUUUAACAAUACAAGUCUACUGCAAUUCACGAAGCUUCGGAACUUUCGUGAAGUUAUCAAUAAAGAUACUUUCGUAGUCAAAGGAAGUGAAAAGAAAAAGUUGAUCGAUGAACGUCAUUUUUGCAAAGGUGGGCAACUCACACCUUUCGGGUAUUUACAACAUCUUUUUAACGGUGAACAUUUAAAGAGGAGCUAUAAAAACUUUUUAUCAACAAUUGAUUUGAAAUCAGAGAUACACAUUCAAGCAACCGACGUCCCUCGUACAAUUCAGAGUUCGUCUGCUUUAAUCGCAGGCAUAUUUCAUGACGAGUUGACCAUUAAUACAUACAAUAUCCCUAUUCACAUUCAUAAAGAUCGUGUUAGCAACGGACAUUUUCUCUUAGAUGAAAAUUCAAACGAUUUACAUUGUCCACAACUUGAAGAAAAAACUAACCACAUCGGCGAAACACCGAAAAUUAUUCAUUUUUUUAAAAAUGCUGAACCGAUGCUUCAAAAGAUGGCCCAAAUAUUACUUCUAAAACGAGAAUCGUUACCGGCGUUUUCAUACAUUGUUGAUAUCCUAUACACCAAGUUGUGUCAUGGUCAAGGUCUACCGCGUGGCCCUCGUGCUCAGCUUCCAGGGAGUUUAGUGAAGCAAGCAUUACAGUUUUCUCACAUGUACUCUAAUGUGUGGUACUCUGCGUUGGCAGAACUGCAAACGUUAUCCAUACUCUCACAGAUAGCUAAAUAUGCUUUACAUAUGUUGCUGCGUGGGAACAAUCCUAAAAAGUUUGUUUUAUUUUCUGGUCAUGAUUCUACAAUAGCGCCAUUUUUACACAUUCUUGGUGUGUCUGAUGGAAAAUGGCCACCAUACGCUUCGAGAGUGGUAAUAGAAUUUUACACACGUGACUCCACAUUUAAGGAAGACCUCCCUAUUAAUGAAAAGAUAAAAUCUACGUAUUUUCGAGUUAUUUAUAAUGGGGUAGCUCACAAACGAUUAAAAUUUUGUCACAGCAACGAUCCUCCGAACUUGUGUGCAUUGCAUGAUUUGUUUGUUUACGUUUCCGAUGGCCUGUAUCAUGAUCAACUUGAACUUAUUGACGACGUAACAUUUCGGGAGUUAUUAUUUUCAAGAAUUAAAAGCAUUUGUUUUCGAGAUGUAUAGUUUUACGUAAAACUUUAAGAAUAUAAGUCAUAUACCAAAAAGUGUACACUAAACGUCAAUCCAGCGUACCCUGCCUGUCCUUAACGAUUCGCUCCUGUGAAGCAUGUAGGCGAAAAAUCAGUUGAAAUAUCCAUUUUCCCAAAAAAGGUAUUUCACAAAAUAUUUAAACGUCAAAGGAUCCUAGGAUUGAGGUUAUCGUACACCUUUGGAUUUGGGAGUCAUCCCUUAGUUCACUUUAAAAUAAUAUUUUUGUUGAUGUUGAUUAAAUUUGUAUUUUUAGUCAUAUUUAGGGUAUUUAUUUUUAAAUGUGACACAUUUGCUAUAUAUUUAAAAUAAGAUAAUCGUCGGUA